CCUUGAUACAUUUCAAUAACUGUACAUUAGGCGAAAAUUACAUAAUAUGUCUUAGAUUCAUCUUUUGACUAGAAAUUCAAAAUGUCUGAAGAAGGAAAGGGUGUCUUUUAUGAAAUAAAACAAAAAGGAUAUUAUACUGAUCAGUACACUGCAAAUCUACCACGACACUAUGAUUUUCAAAACCUUGCUGCAAGUCUAAAUGGGCAUAUAAUUAGCCAAAGCAAAGCAGAAUGCUACCUCCCGCAUGGUAUAAUACGGUUCUUUGCCUCAAAUUAUUUUUAGCUGCAUUAAAUAUUAAUGAACCUAUUAUGAAUUGUACUGAAAUUCAUGGGCCCACUAGUGAAAUAAACCUGCCUGUGGACUUCCCACUUAGAUCCUAUGAUCCGAAGGUUCAAGUUCCUUUUUACACACCACCUACACAUUGUCCCAGAAAGCUGCACAUUGAGAGGUAAGAAGCUGGUCAGUAGACAUCUUUAAAAAAAAUUGCAGAAAGAAGAGAAAAUUUCAAAGUGCUUCCAUUACCGAGAUAUUGGAACAUGAUUACCAUAUUCAGACAAAUGAGCUUUUACCGAGGAUCUGCGAAAGCUUCAUAGUUGAUAAGAACGAGCGAACGUCAUACUUACCUCUCGAAUAUUUUGAUGAUGAUCAAUAUGACUGUCGUGCUCCAUCAGACUGGCUCGCAAUGGGAAUGGAUGAAGGGGUGAGAAAACCAGUCCCAGCCAUCUGUUUGCUUCCUGUUGAUGAUCACCAGCACAGACUGGACAUUCGUGACCCUGAAAUUGAAUGGAGUUGGCAACUAGCUGGAGUAUUAGAUUAUGACGUUUCUUCCAAAUUGUGGUUCGUUCAAAAAGUUGACUCCAGUGGACGAAUUGUAGAUGAGAAUGGAAAACCAGUGGUAAAUGUUGGUUUGUUACCCCGUGAAAAACCUUUGGAUUUGCAAACUCAAUAUUGGAUACCUCGCAUACAAGUUAUGUUUCUUGCUGAAGAUCCGCAAAUCUUUGCUAGACGUGUAGCAACUGCUUUCAAAAGUCGUCAAGAACAUGAAUCGGCCUUGAGAUAUAACUUGUGUCUAGACUGUAUGCCAAACGAACGUAUCGGAGAACUAAGCAGUGUUGCCCUUAGAAGAAUGACAUUUCUUGCCAAAGAUGACACGUGUUCAGUCAAAAGUAGCAAACGGAUUGAUAGUGUGUUACAGAAUCUUGAGAAAGAAGUUACAUUUGAUUACUGGAGAAGCAUGAAUGAUUUAGUUUUACGCCAAGUGAUCGAAAAUCAAAAAACGAAAUAUUCUUUCAUUCAACCUCCUGAGCUUAAAAGGCGCAAAACUCCAUGGAAAGGUACCCUAGAUAUACCUUUAUAUGACUUCGACAACAUAUUUCAAAGCUUUUCUUCCAAGUCAAUGUUAACCAAACCAGAGGCAGUUAUGGCAAUAUGUAAAUGCCAGUAUGAAUGUUUAGAAGUACGCUCGAAAUCAAUUUUCCAUGUUUCACUAUUAAAACAUAUGAGAAUUGAAGAAUUCGAACAAACGCAGUCAAUGGUUAUUUCACAAGUAUCAGUAUUUUUAAAAGAUGCAUGGAUUGAAAAUCUACGUAAAUAUAUUCGUUCAUGUUUUUGUGAUAUUGGUAAAGGAUGGUUUAAUAUAUAUGAAACAGAUUUUUAUGUAUACACUCAGUCGAAAUUGAAGAAAUUUAUGGAAAUGAUGAAAUUUUGCAUGCAAGAUGGAUUAAGAUUUUUAAUAAUGGAAUCAUUAGUAAAUUUUACAAACAUGCUACGUGAUUCUUGUAUUGCCUGUUUGGAUAUUCCAAAUGACUAUGAAUGGAGUAAUGAUCUUAUGACAAGUAGUCUACCUCCAAAAAAGAAUCCUCUAUUUUUAGUGGAUUUAUUGUUGGAUACAGAUGGACCACAUUAUAGUACACCGACUGCACAAUUUCCUAAUAUUCUUAUUCAAAUAUUUGAUAAAGCAAUCAAUUCAACACAAGAUAUACCACAAAUUGAACAAUAUGUUAUAGAAGGUAUAACAUGGGCGGAGAAACAACUUUUGGAAGCUGUCGGACUACAUGAACCACCGGUUUAUGAAAAACUUCGUCAACAAUGUACAGAAUAUAUUAAUUUCUGCUUUGAUACCAUUGAAAGCUUAUGCCUAAACAAUAUGAACGUUUUAUGGAGCUGA